GUGUAUUCUUCUCCUUCGCAGUUGCAUUCGAUGGCAGAUGAUAUACCCUCAAUCGAGAGCAGGCUCCGGAAGCAACGCGUCCUGGGCCUGAACGUUUCGCACAAUGAAACGGCCAAGCACUUACCUAGCGUGAAAGAUCGGUCUGUGGAAACGGAGUUUAUUAGCGAGCUAUAUCUCGAAUGCGCAGAGCGACUCUCGCAAGGCAUGGAGAUUCUGAAGCGGCUUCCACCGGCCCAGCGUGUUGAUUAUGAUAAAUUUCGAGAGGUUGAAGCCAGAUUUCGGCUUUUUGGUGGAAGCUUCGAUCAUGGACUUAUGGUGUCUUGCCUUGAUGACGUCGAAUUAUUCGACGCGACUCUACGUUCGCUACUCAAGGUCGCUGCGAAUUUGAAGGAACACUUUCCGAGUGGGCCAGACGUGGGCCUGGAUGUUUUGAUCUACCAGUCGAGAUCAAUAAUAAGCACCUCCGAAGACGACGACGAUUCCGACGAUUCCGACGAUUCCGAGCAAGACGAAGGUGAAGCUAGGAGAGCGUUGUCGACCGAAAGAGGGGUUCGGGGUUUUGCCAGGCUCUCCCACAGCAUCAGUAUGCUUAUGGAGCUUCUCCCAAUUCUCGAAGCAGCAAAUCGCCUGAACCAUCCUCCUCGUGUUGACCGUACCGCGCAUAAACACUUGCAAGCGGCCUCUGCAGCCCAAUACGUGCGUCGUGUGCGGGACAAGUUCCCCAAGGCGUCUCCCAGUCUUGCUGAUCGCCUGGGCGAAGCUAAUUGGCAAAGACACGAACGCCUUAGAGAUCUCGUCUGGGAAAGAUCAGACGCGAGCGGUCCUGCAGAGAGCCCAGGGCAACCAAUGCAGAAAGCUCCAGGACAAGAGUUAUCAUGGAACGACCUUAUACACACGGCACAGUCUGUGCCGUCAAUUUCUGGUGACACUUCUAUCAGUGCGGCUCCGAGUGAAGCCUCGACCACAAAGCUUGAGUUUCCUAAGAUGCCGGAAGGCGCAACUUGUCCUUACUGCGGAGGCGUGGUCGAGGUGGACACUCUAGCUGCAUGGAAGCUACACGUCUACUCGGACCUCCAAGCUUAUAUUUGCACGCAUGAAGCCUGUCCACAGCCGACUGUGACAUUCGACGCGUGGGAGGCUUGGGCGCAACAUGAACUCGAUGACCGUCUGACAGAGAUGAAAUACGAGUGCUCCAUCUGUUCCAGCCUCGUUGAUGACAAACAGGGCUUUCUGCAUCAUGUUGACAGGGUGCACAGUAUAACUGUAGCCCCCGGCAUACGUCAAGCCGUGCUUGCCAACGCACAGCGCCGCGUCCAGCGUGAUCUGGGUCAUGUUAGGUGCAAUCUAUGCCUGAAGCAUGGUUUCAACGACAAGAGCGACUAUACCCAGCAUGUCGGCAGCCACCUAGAAGAUAUUGCCCUUGCUGCACUACCUCAAACACGAAGGGAUGAGUGGAGCCGAGCCCAGGCGGAACCCGACAGCGAAUAUCUUUCCAAGCAGCCCUAUCGGGGUUCUGAAAAGCAGAGAAUUGAUGAUCUUGAUCGUCCCGCCGACAGUGGGUCAAUGUUACCAUUGAAAAAGCAUGCUCGCGAUUCGGCAUUAUCACGAAGUCUCUUGAGCCCAGCCUCAUCUGACGAUGAGCUCUAUGAACACAAAAAGCUAGGACCACACCCUUCCGUGUUUAAUGAGAAUGGCUUGCAUUUUGCAUCACUAUCAUCCUUGUAUCGGCCUUCGCAGGAUUCUUCUCUGCCGUUGCCACCACAGUCCCCAACGAUCAAAGCAACUGUGAAAGCUCCGGAAACUGUCAGAUACCACACCUCUGAUGUGCUCGUGCCUGAAGGCGACGAAUUCGUAGCCCGCGAAAUGGAUGACGCUGGCGAAAAGAAAAUCGAUCACUUGGGUUACCUUCAGGGCGGUCGAGACUAUAGAAUUCGGACAUUCACCCUUCCUGGUCGAGGCCAGAAGCUGUUCAUGCUUGCGACCGAAUGCGCUCGGCAACUUCAGUAUCGAGAUUCGUACUUGCUCUUCAACAAAAACAGGUCGCUAUACAAGAUAAUUGCCAGUGCCGAAGAUAAGGAAGGUCUUAUCAGUCAGGAAAUACUGCCCUACAGCUACCGUUCUCGCCAGAUCGCAAUCGUCACAGCUAGGUCAAUGUACCGCCAAUUCGGUAGCCGAGUAGUGAAAGAUGGUCGUCGAGUGCUAGAUGACUACUGGGAAAGUAAAGCUAGAAAGCAAGGAUUCACCGAGGCCGAUGCUGCUGGAGCAGCGUGCAGGCGGAAAGAGGCGAGGGCUGCUAUGGGAGGUACUGAUGAAAGUUUUCCUGCUACAAAAGCGCUACGCGAUCCAUACGCUGCGGCGCCUGAGUCAGGCGUCUGGUCGGAAGGAACUUAUUCUGUACCCAGCAUGUGGUGGACACUGACUGACCCAGGGCUUAGAACGCCCACAUCAUGCUCGAAUCGACAGGUUGGCGACGGCGUCGACCACGUCGAUACAGGACAGCAAAGUCGAACCGAGACCAAGACGCAGGAAAACUCAAGGCCAUAGACGAAACAGAGUAGUUAUGGCAGCGAC